GCCAUAUUCUCCCCUUCUUUCUCUCCCUCUGCAAACCCUAAGUCUCCUUGUCCUCUACUCUCUCAUCUGUUUCUCUUAUCCCAAGAAAACCUGAGAAGAUAAGAUAGCUUCAAAGCUGUGGCAAUUCAAAAACUGGAAAGAUGGAAACGAAUCAGUUUGGUUCAGAUUCGCAUCUCCCACCUCGAAAGCGACUACUUGCUGGAUUCAAGAGACUUAACGGAUCUUCUUCUUCUUCUUCUUCAUCCUCAACUUCAAACUCUUCCUCCUCUGCUUCAACAGACGUCUAUACCAAACUUGACGACUUGUUAUCCUCCCGUUUCAACAAUAACCAUACUCAGUCACCGGAAGAGCUCGUGGAAGCAGCUAGAUCCGCAGCUGCUUUAGCUGUUAGAGCCGCAAAGGCGGCGAGGGGAGUAGCGAACGAGAAGGCAUUGAUUUCCGCAAAGGCGAUCGCUGCAGCCAAGAGGGCAUUGGAAUUGGUUGAUUCUUUCCCUAAAGAUUGCAAUGAGAGGUCGUCUCCUAAGAAGAGCAAGCAGAAGAAACAUGUCCCUCUUCAGCGCUUGUAUUCAAAGAGACAGUUAAGAGACGAGAAAGAGGAUUUAGCUCGCUCGAGUUUCGAGGAGAAUGGUCAGAUAAAUAAGAAGCAGAAGAUGAUUGAUGUUGCUGAGGUUGUGGAUUCAGAGAGCUCGUAUGAAGGUUUAGAAUCAAACCGGGAGGCGUUCAAACCGGAUGAAGUGGAUUCGAUACCGACACCGGGGAAGGAAGAAAGUAACUCACUGGGGAGAAGAAGAGGAAGAGUGAAGCUAAAGAAACUUCCUUUGAGCAUUUUGUAAUUCUAGGGCUCAAGACAUCGGAACCUGCGUGGAUCACACGGGUGAGGAAGGUGUGUAAAGCAGAACAGAGCAGUCCGGUCAUAAGAUGAUCUGGUCAGGAGUGCAAUUUCCAGUAGAACAUUCACAUUGUUGUUUCCUUUUUUUUUUUGGUUUUAUUUUGAAUUUAAGUUUUUUUUCUGCAAUUACAAUUACAGUGUUGUGUAGAAGAAAAUGUGAUGUUUGGAUUCGUUGAUGGUGAAGAAAUGUAAUAACGUGAUGUAGUGUUUGUUAA